CUGCUACAAAUAAAACCAUGUCUGCAGGAGGUGGUACCAGUGGUGCCUUUGGGGCAGGAAUGGCCGGUGCUCCUUUUGAUCCCGUGCAGUUUAUAAAGAAACCACAAGUUAUACUUAGGCUUGGAAGCACGCUGUUUUCAAUCAUUGUGUUUGGCUGUAUAUUAGCUGAGGGGUGGUAUGCAGGCCACUGUCAAAUGAAUGAUGACCCUAAUGCAUGUGGUUAUGGAACAGGAAUUGGAAUCAUUGCUUUUCUGCUCUGUUUAGGAUUUUUAGUUCUUGAUGCUGUAUUUGAAAACAUCAGCAGUGUGCAGUAUCGAAAAUAUGUUGUCCUCGCUGAUAUGGCUAUCUCUGGACUGUGGACUUUCCUGUGGUUUGUGGGAUUCUGCUACAUGACAGAUGCCUGGAGAAAAUCAGAUUCAAACAACCAUUCAUAUGUAGCUCCUCAUGACCAUGGCAAAAACAAUAUCCAGGCGGCAAUAGCUUUUUCCUUCUUCUCUAUUAUAACUUGGGGCGGUAUAACUUUCUUUGCUGUACGUCGUUAUCGUGAGGGAUUUGAGGACGCCUUUGCCCCGAGAAGUGGCUACGAUGAUCAGACCCAGUCUUCUCCUUACUCCUCCUUUCCCGGUAGUGAGACGGGGGACCCCUACCAGCAACCUCCAUUUGCCACCCAGAAAGAGGCUCCAAACUUCCAACAGACCCCUACAUAUUAAUUUAGAGAUUAUCCAACAAAAUCUUCAAAGGACAAAUGUGUACCUAUAAGUCUGAUGUAUAAGUUAGUGUAGAGGAGUUACAUGUUGAUAGGAGUAGAUAAGUUAUUACUGCUUUUUAUGUGAGAAGUUUUCAUUUUACAGUCUUCUUGUGUGUUUUAGUUGAGUGGAGCAUAAGUAUGUUUGGAUUAUGCUGUGUAAUUGAGAUGAGUUGGAAAAAGAUGUUUUUGGCAUAUCUGAUGUCAUUUCAUGUUUUAGCACUUUGGAUAAUUAAUGGGUGUGUAAUUUUGUUUUCUGGAUCUCACUAGAAGCUCACUUAUUUAUUGUUAAAGUAAGCAUUUUUCAUCAACAUAUCUUUGAUUAAUAAGUCACUUUCAAGGGACAUUUAUGUU